AUGCACUCAACCUGCGUAGAAACCAAAUCUAACAGCCAGUUGAACACCACAGCUGUCUACACUGAGUUUACAACUGAUCCAGCAGCUAUUCCGUGUGGGUCUGACCAGACUGAGAGCUACUAUGAAGCUGGGGUUAGCGCUGAGUACACCCCUGAUGAUUCUAAGUUUCAUUACGUGGCUGAAAACCAGUAUGGAGAUGACUCCUCGCAACCUCAGUGCUCUCAAUAUCAAACUGACGGCCAAUGUCAGUAUGAGAUGGACCAUGCUCAAUACCAGUUGGAAAAACAGCCGUUCUACCAAUCAGACGUCCAACCUGAGAGGGAAGAUCAUGCACGGAACGUGCCGGAGGGAUAUGUUCACUCUCUACUGUCAAGACACUCCCCACAGAGGGACGGGGCAACAGGGAUGAUGAUGAAGAUGGCCUCCAGUGAGGAAGCUGCUGAGGAGCUGGAUACCGGAGAAGACCCAGCCUCCUCGGCAGAUGUGUCGGGCAGCUCUAAUCAAAGGCGAAAGUUGGCCGCGCCGCCAUUGAACGUGUCGCUGGACCACAGUGAGGGGUCUCUUCUCUCAGAGGACGCUCUGGACACGGACGACGAGGCCUUGGAUACUGGAGACGACCUGGACAUCAACAUUGAUGAGCUGGACACUCCUGACGAGGCAGAAUCACUUGAGCUGACCAGACACGGGGACUCAGAAGAGUCUAAUCCGGCUGCAGGAGUAGCUUCAAGUGACGUCAGCGCAGGACCAAGUUCAGCCGAGGGGAGCAGGGACAGCCGACUGUGGAGGAGCGUGGUGAUUGGAGAGCAGGAGCAUCGCAUUGAUAUGAAAAGCAUCGAGCUGUACAAAAGAGUAAUUUCUCACGGAGGUUAUUAUGCGGAACAGAAUGCCAUCAUUGUGUUCGCUGCAUGUUCCCUUCCAGACAGCGACUGUGACAAUUACAGUUCUGUCAUGGAAAACCUUUUUCUGUAUGUGAUAAGUACAUUGGAACUAAUGGUGGCAGAGGAUUACAUCAUUGUUUAUCUGAACGGCGCCACACCUCGCAGGAGGAUGCCCGGUUUUAGCUGGAUGAAAAAGUGUUACCAAAUGAUAGACAGGAGACUAAAGAAAAACCUCAAGAUGUUCAUCAUUGUUCAUCCUUCCUGGUUCAUACGGACUUUGCUGGGAAUAACCAGACCCUUCAUCAGCUCCAAGUUCAGCAGUAAGAUCAAGUAUGUGAAUAGUCUGCGGGAGCUUGGAGAAAUCAUCCCAAUCGAGUAUGUUCACAUUCCACCCAGCAUUAUAAAAGCCGACAAGAAGGGGAACUCGGACGUUUGACAGACACCUGACUCCUGGCUUCUUCCUCCCUGCAAUGUGCUGUAUUCUACCACAGCAUUACUAAUUAUGAGCGGCCCUGCAGCAUGAUGUUCGCAGCACUAGCAACAGGCUGGAAAAGAAUAAA